AUUGACAAAGUCAGUUUGAUGUUAAAAGAACUAAUCUCGACGUUGCUUGCCAAUACAUCAAACUUACUCACAGGCGACCAUGGCUAAUUGAAAUAGAUGUUUUUUAAUUUCCGUAAAAGGCCAUAUGCGAUGCUUGGCAUGCGUGAGAGUACAAUAAUAUACAAUAUUUCCUUCGGAUUUAGCGAAACGAGAUUCUUUCAUCGUAACUUAUGGAGCAGAAAUUUGACACCAUGGAGAGGUUCAAGGUGAUCUUUCAAAUCAGCGCUCUACAGAUUUUGUUCACGAUUGCUUACGCUGUAAGUGUACCAGUAACUGUACCAGAUCCUGUCGCCGUCUUUCCCCUGAACAGCAAGUAUCAAACAAGGGAAAUUGAAAGUCGAGUUCCCCAGGGAAAUCCUGUUAGCGUAUCUUUAGCUGAUGGUCCUGAUGGAAAAGCCGGCGGUUCGUACGCGUUCGCAGGCAGUGCCGGAAAUUACAUCGAGUUCCCAAAUAAUGGAGCAUUGGACGUUCAGUACUCUAUAACCAUGUUAUGUUGGGUGUACCCUACUGGUAAAGAUGGUCCUCUCUUCAAUUAUAAGAGAACCGGUAGUUGGGGUGUCCAUCUGUGGGUGGUAUUUGGACAGCUGUUCGUUCGCUACACUCACAGAAAUUACCAAUUCACUCCA